AUGGGUAAUGAAGCUGUCACUCCGGCACCUACUUGUUGGGUGUCCGCGGAGCCGAGGCGCACAGAGGGCGAGCGGAGCCUGCGGGAGGGGAGCGGCGGCGGAGCGCUCCGGGCGGCCCCGCCGGCAGCCCAUGCCCUGCGCCCCCCGGCGCGCUGCGGGCGGCUCCCCCGCCGCCCAUGCCGCGAGCGGCCGCCGGUCCGUGGCCGGUGGGCUCGGCGGGCUCCUCUGAGGCGGCGGCGCGGAGCAGCAGCGGGAGCAGGAGGCAUGCGGGGUGCCGGCCGGCCGAGCCGGGCCCCCCGCGCCGCCGCGCUCGGCCUGGCGCUGCUCCUCGCCUCCUGCGUGCAGGUGUCCCGGUCUACGGGCUAUUUCGAGCUGCAGCUUAACUCGGUGCGGAAUGUAAACGGCGAGUUGUUCAAUGGGGAAUGCUGCGAUGGCAAGAAAAGCCCCGAGAACCUGGACUGCUCCCGGGACGAGUGCGACACUUACGUGAAAGUCUGCCUCAAGGAAUAUCAGGCCAAGAUCACCCCGGUCGGACCCUGCAACUACGGAUCCGGAUCUACGCCGGUUCUCGGUGGAAAUAUUUUCUAUUUGAACAGCAACAAAUACUCCCACCAAGGCAGAACCCCCGAGACGGGCAGGAUUGUUAUUCCCUUCCAGUUCGCGUGGCCGAGGUCGUUCACCUUAAUAUUAGAAGCAUGGGAUUGGGAUAAUGAUACAAAAGCUGGUGAAAACUUGUUAAUAGAGCGAGUGGCACAUGCUGGCAUGAUCAACCCAGAAGAUCGAUGGAAGACCCUCCAAAUUAAUGGUCCUGUUGCCCACUUUGAAGUACAAAUAAGGGUGAAAUGUGAUGAAAAUUACUACAGUGCUCUGUGCAACAAGUUCUGUGGCCCUCGAGAUGACUUUGUUGGUCACUACACGUGUGAUCAAAAUGGAAACAAAGCCUGCAUGGAAGGUUGGAUGGGAGAAGAAUGCAAACAAGCUGUGUGUAAACAAGGAUGUAAUUUGCUCCAUGGGGGCUGCAGUGUACCUGGGGAAUGCAAGUGUCAUUAUGGUUGGCAAGGACAGUUCUGUGAUGAGUGUGUCCGCUACCCAGGCUGUGCUCAUGGCAGCUGUAAUGAACCAUGGCAGUGUAAUUGUGAAACCAACUGGGGUGGCCUGCUCUGUAACAAAGAUCUGAACUACUGUGGGAGUCACCACCCGUGCCUGAACGGCGGAACUUGCAUGAACACGGAGCCGGACGAGUAUCGCUGUGCCUGCCCCGACGGCUACUCGGGAAAGAACUGCGAAAUCGCUGAGCAUGCUUGUGUAUCUAAUCCCUGUGCUAAUGGUGGAAUUUGUCAUGAAAUUUCAUCAGGCUUCAAGUGUCACUGCCCAUCGGGGUGGAGUGGACCAACAUGUGCUAUUGAUAUUGACGAGUGUGCAUCAAACCCCUGUGCUCAAGGAGGGACCUGCAUUGAUGGUGUCAAUGCAUUUGAGUGCAUUUGUCCACAGCAGUGGAUUGGAGCAACUUGCCAGCUUGAUGCUAAUGAGUGUGAGGGGAAACCCUGUGUUAAUGCUUACUCUUGCAAAAAUCUCAUUGGUGGAUAUUACUGUGACUGCAUUCCAGGAUGGACAGGAGUAAAUUGUCAUAUCAAUAUAAAUGACUGUCACGGACAGUGCCAGCAUGGAGGGACUUGUAAGGAUGAAGUGAAUGGUUACCACUGCUUAUGCCCUCGUGGUUUCACAGGGAAGAACUGUGAGAUAGAAACCAACGAGUGUGAGAGCAAUCCCUGCCAGAACGGGGGCCGCUGCAAAGACCUGGUGAAUGGAUUCAUUUGCCUGUGUUCCCAGGGAUUCUCAGGAGUCUUCUGCGAGAUGGAUAUUGAUUUCUGUGAACCUAACCCUUGCCAGAAUGGGGCUAAAUGUUAUGAUCUGGGAGGAGACUAUUACUGUGCCUGCCCUGAUGACUAUGAUGGAAAAAAUUGUUCUCAUCUCAAGGACCACUGCAAGAACAAUUCUUGUAAAGUAAUAGACAGCUGUACAAUAGAAGUCUUCACUAAUGCUACACAAGAAGGAAUCCGUUUCAUUUCAUCCAAUGUCUGUGGGCCUCAUGGACGGUGCAUUAGUCAGCCAGGAGGGAAUUUCACUUGUGCCUGUGACAGGGGUUUCACUGGAACAUACUGUCAUGAAAAUAUCAAUGACUGUCUUGGGAAACCUUGCAAGAAUGGUGGGACAUGUAUCGAUGAAGUUGAUUCAUUUAGGUGUUUCUGUUCAAGUGGCUGGGAAGGAGAGCUGUGUGACACAAAUUUCAAUGACUGUUCUCCUAACCCCUGUCACAACGGUGGCCGAUGCAUUGAUUUGGUAAAUGACUUCUAUUGUGAGUGCAAGAAUGACUGGAAAGGCAAAACUUGUCACUCACGUGAAUACCAGUGUGAUGCAAACACUUGCAGUAAUGGUGGGACAUGCUAUGAUGAUGGAGACACAUUCCGCUGCUCGUGUCCUCCAGAGUGGAUGGGAAGUACUUGCAACACUGCUAAAAACAGCAGCUGUAUUCUAAACCCUUGCAUGAAUGGUGGAACGUGUGUUGGCAGCGGGGAUUCCUUCUCGUGCAUCUGCAAAGAAGGAUGGGAAGGACGCACAUGCACACAGAACACCAAUGACUGCAACCCUCAUCCAUGUUACAAUGGAGGGAUCUGUGUGGAUGGGGUGAACUGGUUCCGAUGUGAAUGUGCUCCCGGCUUUGCUGGUCCUGACUGCAGAAUUAAUAUUGAUGAAUGCCAGUCUUCUCCUUGUGGGUAUGGUGCCACCUGUAUAGAUGAAAUAAAUGGAUACCGAUGCACUUGUCCCCCUGGAAGAAUUGGUCCUAGAUGCCAAGAAGUGAUUGGAAUUGGAAAGCCUUGCUGGCUUAAAGGAAUGACUUUUCCCCAUGGCAGCCGGUGGGAACAGGAGUGCAACAGCUGCCACUGUUUGGAUGGACGUAUUGACUGCACCAAGGUGUGGUGUGGAAAAAAGCCUUGUCUGUUACACAAAUACUGGGAUAAUUCCAAUAACCAGUGUCCCAUGGGUCAAGAAUGCCAGGAGAAGUAUAUGAAAUGCUUUCAGCCACCGUGCACAGACUGGGGAGAAUGCAGUGCCUCUGAACCUCUGCCUAUCAAUAUCAAGUGUCUGCCUAAUUCUGGUUACUUGGACAAUGACUGUGCUAGAAUUACUUUAAUUUUUAAUGGAGACAAAGUCCCCCAGGGCACUACAACAGAAAACAUCUGUUCUGAAAUCCGGUAUUUACCAGCUACUAGGACUGUUUCUAGGGACAGAGCUCUGAUAAUAUUGUGUGAUCCAUCUUACUCCACAGAGAAUGCAGUUGAAGUUGCUAUUUCCUUUGUCCCACACCGAGAUGAACAAGAUAACAGCCUCAUUCAGAAUGCUGCUAAUACAAUAGUAAAUGCCAUCACCAAGCGACAGAACAGCACGGUUAUGUUGGCAGUAACUGAAGUCAAAGUAGAGACCAUCGUUGUUGGGAAUUCAUCAUCAGAUUAUUUGGUUCCAAUUCUUUGUGCAGUAUUUAGCAUUGUGUGGCUGACUUGUAUAAUCAUCUGCGUGUGGUGGACUCGGAAGAGAAGAAAAGAGAGAGAGAGAAGCCGUCCUCCCAGAGAAGAGGGUGCCAAUAACCAGUGGGCACCUUUAAAUCCCAUAAGAAAUCCUAUAGACAGAUCUUACAGUAACAAAGACAUUCGUUAUGAAUGCAAAAACUUCAUAUCUCCUCAAAAGAGAACUUGUGAUGCAGUAGAGGAGUAUGUAGAGUAUGAGGAAGAGGAGGAUGAAGAGGAGGAAAGAGAUGAGGAAAUGGACAAAUUCCUCUCUCACAAACUCGCAAAGCCUUUGCCAACAAAGGUGUGUGACACAUCAGAGAGCAGUCCAGUAAAGAAAUCUCAUCAAAUAGGCAAAAUGGACAACAGAUCUGUAAAAAAUGUGAAUGCAUCAAACUUUGAAGGCAGUAGAGACUAA